ACAGCCUGUGUUCUGGAUGCUAAAUUUAGGUCUCUUCCAGCAAAAGAGCAUGUGCAGAGAGGCACAGGGAUGAGAGAUGGGAAAAAAAAGAAGAAACAACCGAGAGGGUUGAUUUACUCAUUAUAAUAACUGUACAUUCAGCGUCAGAGGAGGCCAAAGUCCCUGAGGAUAAACACAGGGAAGGCAAGAUAUGUAUUAUUGCAAGGCUGAUUUCCCUCUGUCAGCCUCACAAUCUUGCCCAAGUGUGACCCUGGCAGCAGCACAUUGGGGAGUUAUGGCUGGUUUUGAUGCACAGGCAAAGGGGAAUGACGCUGAAGAUGUGGAGAGGUGCUGUGAGAGCAAAGGAGACGCAAUACAGUUGUCUAACCGCCUGAGGACUCAGACAGUACCAGAUUGACCAAAUACAAGAGCGAUGGCGACAAUCAAGGGGGUCUCAAGCUUCAGUGCUGAGCAGGAAGCACAGGCGCUAAGGAAGGCUAUGAAGGGAUUUGGCACAGAUGAAGAUGCCAUCAUCGAGGUCUUGACCAAACUAAACGUUUCCCAACGUCAGCAAGUUCUGAUCACCUAUAAAAGCAGCAUUGGUAGGGAUUUGAUUGAUGACUUGAAGUCUGAGCUGAGUGGGAAUUUUGAAAGGGUGAUCAUAGGUCUGAUGACUCCUACCACCAUGUACGACGUGCACGAACUGAGGAGGGCUGUGAAGGGUGCAGGAACAGAUGAAGGUUGCCUGAUUGAAAUUCUGGCUUCUCGCACAAACGAAGAGAUUCGUCGCAUCAAUGAGAACUACAAACUUCAAUACGGCUGUACCCUCGAGGAGGACAUUGUCUCUGACACAUCUUCCAUGUUCCGAAGAGUUCUCGUGUCCCUCGCCACGGGAAACAGAGAUGAGGGAACAUAUGUGGAUGGUGCCCUCGCUCAACAAGAUGCUCAGUGCCUGUAUGAAGCUGGGGAGAAGAAAUGGGGAACAGAUGAGGUUCAAUUUAUGACCAUCCUCUGUACACGGAACAGAUUCCACCUAUUAAGAGUUUUCGAUGCCUACAGAGAGAUUGCUAAUAAGGACAUAACAGAGAGCAUUAAAUCUGAGAUGUCAGGAGACCUCGAGGAUGCUCUGUUAGCCGUGGUGAAGUGCAUGCGAAAUAAACCUGCGUAUUUUGCUGAAAGAUUGUAUAAAUCCAUGAAGGGCUUGGGAACAGAUGACAACACGCUGAUCCGGGUGAUGGUGUCCCGCUGUGAAAUAGAUAUGCUGGAGAUCAGAAGGGAAUUCCUGAGCAUGUAUGGGAAAUCGCUCUACUCCUUCAUUAAGGGGGACUGCUCAGGAGACUAUAGGAAAGUUCUGCUCAGACUCUGUGGCGGGGAGGAUUAAAGGAUUCCUGCUGUACUGCUGGGUGAUGGGAAGUAGCUGAUCAUGAGGAUUUCUUUCUUUUUAAUUUUUCCCCAUUAUCUUAUUAGUUGCUAAGAGCAUUGACGUUGGUUAGUUAAUGCUCUGGUUAGAUAACGGCCAUUCUGGUUGUCCCUUUUGAUACGCUUUUAUGCUCGGAACACCUAUGUGUCUACUAAUCGGGCUAACAAAGCCCAUCUUAAACAGAAUGCUGCAACCAAAUAUAUAGAAGCUAAAUGAUUUCCUGACCAGCUGUCGCUUUGCCAUUGCAUUGACGAGUAAAACUCGAUCAACUGAAACAAACUGGGAUGCAGAAUGCGAGAUGCUGCACGAGGAGAAAUUAACCUCAUCACUACAUGGAGAAUGCAGAACGCAGGCUUGCUUCGGUCUUUGCAAGAUAAUUUAAACACAAAUAAAUCAAUCAUCUAAAAUAUUAGCACGAUCAGAUCUUAACUUGCCCUCUGUUAGUGUGGAGCAUUAACAGGUUGGCUGCACUUAAUAUAUAUGUUGCCUAUAGAUCUGUAGGUAGGGAAGAUGUCACGGGUGACAUCAGAAAACUUGCUGCUCUGGUUACAGGGCAGCCUCAUGUUCUUGGUCUGUCUUGACUCGUGGGACUAUAAAUCAUCAGGGUUACAUUACUAACACAAACCCUUCCUCUGGCCAAAGCGAUGUCCUUAGAACGGUGCCUUUUCAGCAAUGGUCUGUCCCCCAAACCAUGUCCCACCAGCACUCCCUGGUGCCUUAGGCCGGGAUGCCUUGUCCGGGGGUCACUCACCGCGUCUCCCUGGUGCUGGCUGGGUGGACGUGUCACCGUGUCACCAUGUCACCAGCACAGGGUCCUGUUUUUGUGCCUGUGCCAGACUGGGACGUCCACACCAACCUCUGGAAGAGACUUUUCCCCAGGCCCCACGCAACUGAGUGUUGUUUUCACUAGAACUAUUUGGUUCUUGUUUGGCCUCGCAAAAGGCCGAUAGGCUUGAAUAGGAGAUACUUUCAUGGCCUCAAAUAAAACAGCUUACUUUCUUGCUCGCUGUGCUGCAAUUGGAGAUACAUUCCUUAGUUUUGGUGGGAGAUUUUUCCAGUUCUACUGGAGCAUUCUGCUCAGUGAAAGAGAAAUUGUCUUACCCAGUACAACAGGCUCACAGAUGCGCUCAGGCUUGGGUUGGUGUUUAAAUGCUUUGUGUUACGUUGCUUUUUAAAAAUGAAUAAACAAUUCAUUUCCAUA